GCGCUGAGGAGGGCAGGAAGAAGUGGAGUAGGAGUUGGGGAAAGUGGUCAGGAAAAGGUGGAAGGAGGCAGAGAGGUGGCGGGGUGGUUCCUCCGCAGAGAGGAGGCCCCGCCCCACGCUGCCCCUGCCGUCAGCGCUGGUCAACCCCCGCAAGGUUCCCGGAUGUGCUUGCCGGCCUCCAUCUUGUGAGUCCGAAGGACCUGCGGCGUUUUGUGAAAACUCUGGAGUCAGGUCAGCAGAGGGAAGUCAGAAAUGGGCGGUCCUCAAGGCGCUCCAGGAACCAGGUGGUGACGAACUGGGUCUCAGUUGCACUUGCUAAAGCCAGAACAGCAGAGGAGGCCCAGGCAGUGCCAGGAGUCAAGGCGUGCUGGAUCCCAUCAUCUCCGUUCCUGCUCACACGUUUACCUGCUGCUCCUGAACAACAGGCCUUAUGCCUCUCUUUCCAAACCUUUCACACCUCGGCUUUGAGCAAGACUUACAGAACCCGACUGUGAUAGAGGACUUGGUAGAGGCACAGGAUUCCAUAGAUGAGGAAGAGGAGGAUGCCUCCUCCUCUUCCUCUUUCCACUUUUUAUUCCCCUCCUCUUCUUCGUCCUCAUCCUCACUCUGUACUCUAUUUCUGAGUGCUUCAGAAGAUGAGGAGAUGCCUGUUGCUGGGAUACCACCUCUUCCCCAGAGUCCUCCCGAGAUUCCUCCCCAAGGUUCUCCUGAGAUGUCUCCCCAGGGUGUUCCACAGAGUUCUCCCCAGAGUCAUCUGCAGAAUCAUCCCCCGAGUCCUCUGCAGAAUCCUCCCCAGAGUUCUCUGAACUCCUGCUCCUCCCCUUUCUUGUGGACCCCAUUGGAGGAGGAGUCUAGCAGUGAAGAAGAGCAGGAAACACCUGUAUGGCAGGCUUUCCCAGAUAGUCAGUCCUUGAGCAGGUAUGUGCUGGAUGAAAAAGUGACUGAGUUGGUGCAGUUUUUUCUCCUCAAGUAUCAAAAAAAGGAGCCUGUCACAAAGGCAGAGAUGCUGAGUAUUGUCACCGAGGAAUAUAAGGACUAUUUUCCUAUGAUCUUUGGGAAAGCCCAUCAGUUCAUAGAGCUAAUUUUUGGCAUUUCCCUGACUGAUAUGGACCCUGAGAACCACUGCUAUUUCUUUGAAGACACAUUAGACCUCACCUGUGAGGGAAGCCUGCUUGAUGACCAGGGCAUGCCCCAGAACUGUCUCCUGAUUCUUAUUCUCAGUACGAUCUUCAUAAAGGGCAACUGUGUCCCCGAGGAGGCCAUCUGGGAAGUGUUGAGUGCAAUAGGGGUGUAUCCUGGGAGGGAGCACUUUAUAUAUGGGGAGCCGAGAGAGCUCCUCACUAAAGAUUGGGUGCAGAGAAAGUACCUGGAGUACCGGGAGGUGCCCAACAGUGCUCCUCCACAUUACGAAUUCUUGUGGGGUACAAGAGCCCAUUCAGAAGUCAGCAAGAGGAAAGUCCUAGAGUUUUUGGACAAGCUAUCUGCUACCAUCCCUAAUUCCUUUCCGUCCUGGUACACGGAUGCUUUGAAAGAUGUGGAAGGCAGAGCCCAGGCCAUGACUGACACCGCAGAUGAUAGUACUGCCAUGGCCAGUGCAAGCCCCAGUGUCAUGUCCUCCAACUUCUGUCCUGAGUGAAGUCUGAGGCACAGUCUUCCCUGUGUUUGAAGAGGGCAGUCGAGGUUCUAGGCAGUGGAGGGCCAGAGUGGAGCCAGAGGGACCACAGUGUUUUUUGUGUUCUUGUUUCAUAUGAGUGACUUAGAGUUUAACAGUUUUUGUGUGUGCGGGGGGGUGUAUUUUACAAAUGCUUCUCCUUCCAAUAAAGGAGUUGGUCUUUGACUCAAAUUCUAGCAUCUUUGAGUUGCAAUCUUAGUUUAUGAUUAUUAUUUCCACUUGUGUUGCUGUUUGUCUGGUUUAAGAGAAAGAGUGAUAUUUCAUAAGGAAAAAAGGGAAAACCUGUCUUAUUCUGUGAACCGAAACAGUAUAUUGUGAUGUUCGGUAAGAAUUUUCUUUAAAACGUGAAAUAACUCUGCAGUUAACUGGUGGAACAAAAUAAAGUAUGGUUGAUAUAUUCGCAUGACCUUAUCCUGUUACUGUGUUGCGCUUCCAAAUUAAAGAUUCAUACCUUGAAUUG